AUGCAUUGGGUGUUUCUCUUUCUCUCUCUCUCUCUGGCGACGUUGCGUCAUGGCUCCCCGGGAAGGGGGCUCCUAACGUCAGGUGAUUGAUUGGGGGGGGGUUCGAUCGAGGUUGCAACAACAGAAGCGACGAGGUCCAAAGCAGAUGAAAUGGAAAGCGGAGAGAGGCUGACGGCGACUUCCCCAACAGAGAUCAAGACCGACGAGGACCUCCUCGGCCCCGGCGCCAAGCCCGGCACCGUGCCCACCGACCUGGAGCAGGCCACCGGUCUCGAGCGUCUCGAGAUCCUCGGCAAGAUGGAGGGCAUCGACGUCUUCGACAUGCGGCCGCUGGACGCUUCGCGGAAGGGCACGCUCGAUAACCCCGUCAUGGUCCGCUCCGCCGGCGAGGAGCAGUACGCCGGCUGCACCGGCGUCCCCGCCGACUCGCACAACGUCGUCUGGCUCAGGAUGGACCGUCAACGCCCCGUUGAGCGGUGCCCCGAGUGCGGCAGCGUCUACAAGAUGGAGUACGUCGGCCCCCAGGACGAUGGUCACGGCCACGGCCACCACCACGGCUUCGAGGAGCCCAAGACCUUCGCCGACUACGUCAAGCCCGAGUACUGGUAAACGAAGUGGCUGUUUUGGCGGCAGGAUGGAGAACGUGGGGAUAUCGCAACGCAGGCCUGCAGCGCCGUUGCGAGGUGAUGGAAGCGACGGGCCUGGGCUUGUAGAAUAUCCGGACAAGGCAGAUAAGGUUGUAUAGACGUCUUUUCCGUGUUUCAGGAUUACGGGCUCUAAGCUGUGGGACGGGCCAUUCCAAAGCGAAUCCCUCUGCCUAACGCUGGCCGAACGCUGGCCGAAAUAAGCUCUCCUCAGUGCAGAAUCGGCACGCAGCGGGAGA